AUAAAAGCAGCUGCAAUGCAAGGAGAGCGAAUGUUCUUAUACUGAUGUCUUGAUUGGAUAAUACAUUUCCUUUACGAUGUUAUGAUUGGGCAGUUUUAUCGAUGAACAGCACCUGUGUUAAAAGGAUGUACACAGGACAAUUUAUAAAUCUUACUUUGCGUUUGUUACGUUCUAACAAAUGUCUUGACAGUCUGACUGAACAGCAUGAUAAACCAUUCGCUCGCAAGAAGAAACUGCUAAGAAAGGAUAUAAACACCAAAUUAUGGAACAACGAGAAAAAAUGUAAAAGUGAAUAAAAACAAGAUGUCUGGAUUGAUUGUUGAAGAUUUAAAGACGAACUAUUUUCAAUUGAAGUCAUCAAGUCUCUUUGUUACUGGCAACGGACACAUCGCGACUACAUUUGCAUGCUUAUGUUAUGUGAAUGGACAUGACGAUAAAGUGAAAGCUGUGUUUGCUUACGACAACAGCAAAUCCUUUAUCAUAGAUUUCAGAGCGACUAUAAAACAGCAAAAUGUUAGCACUAAACAUCUUCAAUGUUCAAAUGAAAUCGAAAGCAAAGAUCAAAAUUAUUUAAUGAUAAAUGUCGGUUAUAUUCCGCCUCGUGCAUUAGUCAUGUUAGAGAUAACUGUUGCAGGAGAGUUGGAGGUUGCAGAACAAGCUUUGGUCUACAAAACUCCACAGACGUUUACACCAUCCUGUUUGGACGAAGUGAUAAGCAAGGAGAGAGAGUGUCAAUUUCAUUUGAUCAUAAAGAUGACUUUUCCCUGUCAAUUAGCUGGCUGCUUUUCAUCAUCGCAUGCCAUUCAAGUUGAUGGAGAUAUUGAUGAAACUGGCGCUAAAGCUGUCAUUAUCACAUUGGCUGAGGAUUAUAGAUAUGAUAGAGAUGUCGAAGUUCAUUUUUACCUUGCAAAACCAUUAGAUUUGUUUAGUAGCAUAGAGCAUGGCUACUUAGUUGACGAUAAAAACUCUACAAAAGAAUUUCUGACUGAUCAUUUAUCUGAAACUACAAAGAACAGGAAAACAGACGAAAAGUGUAAGAACUUUCCAGAAUAUUUACUGAGUGAGGAUUUCUUGUACAAAACAAAAUCAAAGAGCAAUUCAACGCAGGAUUAUAUGAAAGCAAAAGAUAGUUUUGAGGUUGAAAUAGAGAGAAUGGAAGAGAAUAUUCGUUGCUCAAAGAGUAAGAUAAACUUUUCUCAGCAAAAUAAUCAAUCACACAUUCCAACUUUUAUUGACUCAAAGAAUCUUGCUUCAUCUCCUAAAACAAAGAUUUCCAACAAAAAGAUUACAGACAGCACACUUCAGUUGAACAGCUGUGAAACGAAAGAAAUGUUUCGAGUGGGAGAAAAAAAUGUUUUCAAUAGAUGCAAUGUUCAACUCGAUGGAAAUGACACAAAAAAGCCGAAUACUUAGUUCAUAAAAGUUUGUUAAAAAUUUAUGAGUGUUGCAAAGAGCUCAGACAAAGUUCGAAAUUAAAACACGAAGAAAAAAACUUUAAAAUGGACAUAAGUGAAAACAACAACAUAAAUUUAGAUUCUAUACUUGCUGUAAGUUUAGUCCUCCUUUUGUCAAACUAUCCUGUUUGUGGAGAAUUUAUCUUUAUGCUGGACAGAAGUGGCAGUAUGAGCGGUUCUUUUAUUACCAAUACAAAAGAAUGUCUUGUUCUUUUUCUCAAAAGCCUUCCGACUUCUUGUUAUUUCAAUAUUGUUAGCUUUGGAUCAUACUCACAAUCUCUCUUCCCCACUAGUCAGCGAUACAGUGAAGAUAACCUAGAAAAAGCUUGUGAAUAUUUAAGUGGUAUAAAAGCAGAUAUGGGAGGUUCUGAGCUGUUGCAACCAUUGAAGGCCGUGCUGGACGCACCAGAAAAAACUGGUCAUGUGAGGAACAUUUUUAUUUUUACUGAUGGAGAUGUCGCUCAACCUUCAACCAUUCUGAAUUUUGUAAAGAUGAAAAGGCGUGGAGCAAGGAUAUUUACGUUUGGAAUAGGUCCAAAUAUCUUUUAUGAAACAGUCAGAAACAUUGCAAAGCUUGGUAAUGGUAAAAGUUACUUUGCUCAAACUGAUGGCAAAAUUCAAACCAAGAUGAUUGAAUGUUUAAAAGAAUUUUUAAGACCAACUCUUUGUAAUGUCAAAGUUGAUUGGGAAUUGCCACAUAAUUGGUGCGUAAUACGACCAGCUCCUACGAUACCUUAUAUAGUCAGUGGUCAGCGUACUAACUUAUAUACAGCAGUAGUUUUCCCAGAUAAAAUCACUCAUCACCAGUCGAAGAGACGAAAUCAAGUAGUGUUAAAGAGUUUUGGUUUGAUGAAGAACUCGAGUCUUGUCAACUUGGAGAUGAGCUACAAUGUUUUAAGCUUGAGAAGAGUACUCUAAAGUCAUUGAGAAACGACAUUGAUGCUUUGAUGGAGUUGAAUAAAAGCCAAUUAAACCUUGAUGAUGCAAUAAAAAACUGGAGAAAAACAACUCAGUUCCAUUCAACUUCAAGUGAUACUAGCACAGAUACCGAAGAUGAAUAUUCUCGAUUCUCUCCUCCUGAAAGGGAUCAGUCUGGGAUAACUGUGGAUAAUAGUUUAAAUAACAAUGCUCACUUUAAAUCCAAGACAAACAUUGUACAAGAGAGGGAAUACCUGAUAAGUGAGGACAGACCAAAGAAAGUUUUUGGUGAAAUGAAUGAUGUCAUAACCCACUACAUGACAAACAACGCGCACUUUCGUAGCGCAUUUUAUGCAAAUGAUAUAAUAAACAGAACAAAAAGAGAAAACACAAUUGACGUUUAUAAAUACGUUAAUUCAUCAAGUGAUGUUAAUGAAACAGACAAUCAUAUGGAUUUCGGCUGGGGAUGUGUUUCUGUUACUGGAUAUAUUGGCUCAGAUUUAUACAGAAAAAGAAUAGAAAUUCCUUCACAACCAAAAGUGUGUCAAGGAGUUGCACUACAUCAGUUUGCAGCCGAAAAUAUCUUUGUUGCUUUGGAAAACACGUUGGAAAGAACGCCUGACAGUUCACAUUUAGAAAGGAGUUCCUUUGUUUUGAGUGAAGAAUCAAAAUCACUUUCAAGUAAGAUGUUUGAAGACACUUUAGAUGAUCCAGAAGAUGUUAUGGUUUCAUCUAGCAGCUUCAAGUUAUCAACAAGAAAACCACCAUUAAUGAAAACUCCAGAAAACAUUUUCGAAAGUCAGGAUAUUUAUAAUGUAGAAGUAUCUCCGGCGAAAAGAACGUUUGAUAUGUGCUUGGAAGAAGAUGUUAUACUUGAUAAUAAAAAAUAUAAUCGUCUUGAAAGACAAGAACCAGAAGGUUGUGAUCACGUGACUUACAAACCACGCCAUGCAAGUCGUCGUACAAGUCUCAAGGAAAGACAAGUCACUUUAAUAAAUAAAGUACAUAGAAGCAAAUUCAUUAAUGCCCAACUGGCUUUACUGACAAGGAAAAUGAGAAGUAUCCAAAAAUUGAAUGUUUUUGCUGGUCCCUCAUAUAUCCGUUUGAUCCUACUGCAAUCAUGUCAAGGCUACUGGCAAUUAAACUACGCUUUUGCGCGUAUUGUUGACCUACCUCUCACACAGCUUGAGCUGUCUGCCCCUUUUGUAGACUCGACAAUGAUUCCGUUGGCAGAGCAAAAUGGUGGCCUGGGAAUAGAUAAUUACUAUGAUUCUCUUUCAUUGUGGGCAACGGCUUUGGCCCUGAUUUAUCUUGAAAGGAAAUGGCCAAGCGUUAAAAGAGAGUGGGAACUAAUUGCAAGCAAAGCCGCAGCUUGGUUAGAAAGACAGAAAUUUCCUUUUGGAUUUAAUUAUUUAGACGUAAACUUGGCAGCAAAACAGGCUAUGAUUUUACUGGAACAAAAAUACAGAAAAAGAGCAAACAGUAAUCUCUUGUAGAAGCAAAAUUAAAACAGAGUUCGAUGUAAAA